CUUUAGUCAUUUAUCGACAGCAAACAGAGAUACAACGUAAAUUUUUUAAACAAAUAAUUUUCUACGAUUUAACGAUACAAAAUGCAAAGCGAUCAAAUUAUUGAGAAAAUACGUAAUAAAUUAAGCGAAUCUGAUCCUGCUAAACGUACGGUCCUGAAUAUAUUUCAAUUUCAUUUCACUGAUUCCGAAGGCCAAUUAAUCAAAAGUGUGGUUUUUGAUUUUAAAGAAUUAAACAUCUAUGAGGGCAAUUGUUCUGAACCUGAUGCUGAAGUUACAAUAAGUGAUGAAAACUUCUUUAUGGUGGGUUCCAAACAAAUUUCAUUUGAUGACCUUAUAGCUGAUAACAAGGUUAAAGUUGAAGGUGAUAAGGAGGCUUUCCAAAAAAUGGUAGAUAAAAUGCGUUUAAAUUCGAAAACAGAAUAAGAAUUCAAUGUUUAAAAUGACUGUGUAAUUUUUUUAAAACCUAAAACUAACUUGUAGUGGUGAUAUUAAAAACUUAUUUUUUGCAUGCUUAAUUAUCGUAUAUAUGUUGAAAAGGUUUAAACAUAAUAUAUGAAAAAUAAAAUAUUACUAUUUAGAGUAUUUUUUAUAAAAUAUUA